AUGAUACUUUGGGAAAAAAAAACUUUUACAAUCUGUAUCAUUUUCACAUUGUUUGUAGCCACCCUACACUUCAAUGAAAAUGACAGACGACACCAAGCUACAACAACGACUGGAGCAGUACGGUGGCAUCUGAGUUAUCCAAAGAGAAGUAAAGGGGAGGUCGCAGUUUUGAAACCUGACAAGACUCCAAUUACCUAUGACUAUGUGGAGAUUCUGCGCAUCAACUUGGUGGAACGCCGUCUUCAGUUUCCGACAUGUCCAGCAGCUACUGCGGAAGCCAACAGGGACAUAGGUUACAGACCACCAUCUCUUACCUCCUCCUUUGCAUGUUUCAGUAAGGAUGGACUCAUUGCCACAAGACGGACACGGUUUGCGCGUGACAAUUUGGUUGCUGUUGAGGGCCCAAGAACGUGA